CAGUGAUUUAUUAAGUGUUUGUUAGUGUGGCUCUAGCUUUUUGGAAUAUUCUUUAUUAAUUUCAAUAGAAUAGAAUUUAAUUUCCUGUUAUGAAGACGAAUGAAAAAAUUAGAAGAAUGGUAUUUUUAAAUUUUUACAUAAUUCCAGUAUCAUCCCUUCACCAAGAACCACUUACAAAUAAAUAACAAACAAUUACAUCUUACAUAAUUUAUAUGACUUACUUUUCCAUCAAAUUAUUACUAUACUAAGCGGAAACAAUUUUGAUUAAAAAAAUUGAAAUUUUUGUAUGUUGAAAGUUAAGAAAGUGUAAAAAAACGAAAAAAAAUUAAUUACUUAGGUAAUAUAAACAAAAAAAGUUCAUUUCAAAGAGAGAUUAUUACUAUGUAUUAAAAAAAAAUAAAAUGGAAGAUAUAUACACAAUUAAAGUACGAUCGCGUCCCGAUCCAACGAAUUUAUAUCCUUCAGAACGUCGUUACUCAGCCUCAACGGUACUAGGACUUGGCGUUGUACAUUUAGCAUUAGGUUUAACAGCAUUUCUCUUAGCAAUAUUAACACUAGUUGCCAAAAAUGAUGAAAUUAAUUCCGAAAAUCAUCAAUUCGAUAGUACAAUUGAAACGAUACCAGUGCAUUUAACCAUACAAGACUUACAAAACCCGGAAAUCUCCAGGAAAAUUGAAAUGUUUUCCCGUACAAAUGUUUAUAUUAAACGUGAAAAUAUUUUAAACAACACAGUUGAAUCAACUGAGGAUAUCAGGAAUGCAAGCAGUGUAAUAACUAAGUCAUCGUCAAUAUCAGCAAGUUUUACGUUUGCACCAUGUAUAAUGUCAGUUGCUGCAUUUAUUGCAGGUUGUACUGCAAUUUUAGCAUGGAGACGGUGGUAUAUUGAUCAAAAUAUAAUGUGGUUUUUUAUUUCAUCAGUUAUUUCAACGACAGUUUCGUUAAUCUGUUUAAUUGCAAUCAUAUCCGGUAUUGCAAAUAUUGCAAGUUUUAAAUUAAGUAACUACUAUGCAUCAAAUCCAAAUCAUUUUGUUUUACGUUCCGAGAAUGGAAUCGAAAUUUUACGGCCAAUUAUAUCCGAUAAUCAAAAUGCCACCGAUAAUGAAUAUCAUGAAAGUAAAACAGAAAAUUUACGUACCGUACUUGCAAUUAAUAUUGCAAUUGCUGCUGUAUUAGAAUUAAUUUGGUCGUAUUUAUCAGCGAAAAUAUCUUGGCGUGGAAUGCGUAAUGGAUAUUCAGAUGAUCUGCAUACACGUCGUGGUGGAAAUGUUUCUGUAAAUACAGUGAUUAAAGGAAAUAAUAUUGGUAAACAUAAAAAAAUCAAUCCAAAACCAGAUAUAAUUGCACAUUAUCCGAAAAAAGGUAAAAUUGCAAAAUAUUUUCCAAAAACUGAAAAUGAUGAUGGGUAUUUACCAAAGGCAGAGAGUCACAAAGAGUAUCAGGAAAGAGUAAAUAAAUUUUUGGCAUCGCAUGGCUCUGAUGAUGUUGAAAAUUAAUUUCCAAGUAUUAGUUACAAAAAAAAGACAUUAAAAGGAAUAUUAUAAGAUUCCAAAACCAUGCGCUUUACUCUUUUAUUUACAAAAUGUAGAAAAAGCAAACUAACUAUUUAAUUAAGGUCAUUAAAUUAAUU